AUGAAGUUUUCUGGGCCCGGGAAAAGGUCGUUCAGGUCCUCACGCGAUAAGGUCCCCAUCAUCGCCUGGCUAAUGUUACCCGCUGUGGGGGGAAAAAUGGCUCGCAGUCCUGACUUUCGCCUUGUUUGCGGCAUUGACGGCUGCCUCCGAGAGUACAGAGUGUACAACUCGUUUUACUACCAUGUAAAGCGAACGCACACUCACCAUCUUUUCCAAGUACAAGCUGAAGGAGGCGGGAUGGCUACAGCCAGCCUUGGCCGAGCUGAGGAGGACGACGUUGCUGCGGUUAACACCGCGGAAGUACUCAACGAGGACGGUCAAAGUAAUGGUUCAGAGAGUGAAGCGCCUGCGCGUGUCAACACAUUGGGAAUCAAUCUUUCUAAACAAGCAACAGCCUUCCUUCUACAAGCAAGAGAAGCCAAUCGGCUGACACAGAGAGCUGUUAAUCAAAUGGUGACUGCGACCCAGCAAUACCAGGCAUCAUUAGUGGAGCAUCUGAGACUUCAGGUGAACCGUGUGUUUGAGCAGCAUUCAGAGGACCUUGGUUCACUGAAGACUGAGGCGAUGGCAGUAUUUGAUCAGUUUGCUGACCCCUUCAGUGAAAUUUCUACAACCCACCUACAGGACAAGAAAAUCAAAGAACUACUGCAACCUGUUGAACCAGAAGCCGUUAUGUCAAAGCAGACUUCUGAUGAGUCUGAUGAUUCUGAUGAGUCUGAUGAGUCUGAAGAUUCUGAAGAUUCUAAAUAUUCUGAUGAUUCUGACGAGUCUGACGAUUCUGACAAUUCUGACGAUUCGGUUGAUGCUGAUGAUUCUGAUGAGUUUUAUGAUUCUGACGAUUCUGACAAUUCUGACGUGUCUGAGGAUUCUGAUGAGUCUGAUGAUUCUGAUGAUUUUGAUGAUUCUGAUGAUUCUAAUGAGUCCAACGAUUCUGACGAGUCUGAGGAUUCUGACGAGUCUGAGGAUUCUGACGAUUCUGACGAGUCUGACGAGUAUGAGUCUGAUGAUUCUUAUGUGGCUUAUGAGUCUGAUGAUUCUAAUGUGGCUGAAUGUAAACAGUAG